AUGCACGAUAAUUUACUCUACAGCCUGAUCGCCAGGGGAACUACAGUUCUUGCAGAGUACAGUGAAGUGAGCGGAAAUGCAAAUCUGGUAGCACACAGGAUAUUAGAGAAGCUACCUCAGAAUGACAGCCGUGUUUCUUACUCGCAAGAGCGGCACCUGUUCCAUAUUGUGGUGCGGGACGGCAUCACUUUCCUCUGCAUGGCUGACGAGGGCUUUGGGCGGCGCAUCCCGUUUGCCUUCUUGGAGGAUGUACGGGACAGGUACCUGGCCAGAUUUGGCGAGGAGGCACACAGUGCGCCAGCGUACGAGCACAACGCGGAGUUCAGCCGGGUGCUGGAGGACCGCAUGGCCUUCUACAGCACAGACCAGCGCGCAGACGCCAUUAACCGCGUCCGCGGCGAAAUCUCCGAGGUCAAGACCGUCAUGAUCGAGAACAUCGACAAGGUGUUGGACCGAGGGGAGCGGAUAGAGUUGCUGGUGGACAAAACCGACCACCUGCAGAAUGAGUCGUUUGCCUUCAAGAGGGAAGCACGCCGCCUGAAGACACGGCUGUGGUGGAAGAACAUGCGCCUUCUGGCGUUUGUUGCAUUGCUCAUUCUUGUCAUUGCGUACAUCAUCGUGUGCUUUGCGUGCAGCCCCACAUUUCACUGCUAA